AUGGAAGCCUCAACCCCGGAUAAUCCAUACCUCCUCGAGGACUCAACGCUCCUUGAAAACUACGACUGGCAAUCCAUUCUCGCCCAAUGUACAGCCCAUGACAAUCUACUUCAUCCGUCUGUGGAGUCUGGUGGUGGUCUGUUCGCAGAUGCACCGAUAGACGACCUAGAUCUCGAUAUCAAUGUCGAUCUUGACCCCGGUAUAUACCUUGGCACCUUUGCGCCGGCUCACUCCAUCCCUUUUGGCACUAUUCCCAACCUUUGCUCUGUUCCUACACCUCGUGUGAACUCCGAUGAAUUUGACAAUCACGAUGAACCGACGCUGGAUUGCUCCACGCUUCCUGGUUUCUCCACCCCACUAUUCGCUGUCCCAGAUUCAACCCUUCCUCCAGUCCAAACACCCUCACCACCAACGACAGCAGCUUCUUGUCUCGCACAGCAUGGCACCCCUUGCAUAAUGACUGCGACACAAUCCCUUCGCUCACUCCACGUCCCCCAGACUAGUUGCGUCUCCCGCCGAAGCGGCGGCAGCCAUGACCGCAGUAAACCCGAACUGCCACGCAUGUCCGGCUCGGUCCUUAAAAGCAAUAAAGAUGCAGGCAUGUCAGUCUGCCGCAUGCUACAGUGUGGCUGUGCCCUCCGUCCACAGAACCAGCUGAUCCUAGCAAUUAUCUGUUCCCGGCUAGUUUCGUGGUACCGCGCGAUGAUCCGCGCGUGCUUUGUGAAUGGAGCCAGUAGUUUCUCUGGGCACAGCAUGAAAAUUGCACCCAACCAGGCAGGGUCCGCAUUGGAGAAGGUAGUUCAUCAACCCGUCACCAUCGGAGAUCACUCGGUCGAUGAUCAGGCGCUGGGAUUGACCAUUCAAGCGCAAGUCACGCUAGGUGAAUUACGACAUAUGCAGCGACUGGUUGAGACUCUAUCGGAUCGCAUGCGGGAAACCGCCAGCUCAUACCCGAAAGGGAUGCAGGGCUUCGGAGCCGAAGUCGGGUUCCCGUCAGCCGCGCUCCCGGACAUCACGCAUGACUGGCUGGUGGCGCACCUGUUGAAUGAAGUUCAUGCAGCCAAGGCUGAUUUAAUGACAGCUUGGUCGCCACCAUGA